AUGACAGAGAAAAAGGAUAUGGCAACGCCUCAAGCAUUGCCACCAAAGAUGAAGGAUCCAAAAAAGUUUACCAUCACUAGUACCACUGUUGGAGUAAAGAUCCCACAUGCUUUAUGUGAUUUAGGAUUGAUUAUCAAUGUCAUAUCGCUGAAUAAGUUUAAAGAAUUUAAAAUAGGCGAGAUCAUACCGAGCAAUAUGACUCUCACUUUAGCCGAUUCAUCUAUUACUCAUCUGCUUAGUAUUGUGCAAGACAUGUUAGUGCAUGUCGAUGGUUUAAUCUUCCCUGGAGAUUUUAUGGUAAUCAACAUGAAAGGAGAAUCAAGAGGGUCAGUUAUUAUCGGACUCCUAUUCUUGGUAACCAGGAAAACGUUAAUAGAUGUGGAGACAGGUGAACUUGUUUUGAAGUUCAACACGGAAAAGGUGGUGUAUAAUGCGUAUGAAUGGACAAUAUUUAUGGUUGAUCUAUAG